AUGAUUAUGUUGUUAAGUAAAUAUGAUGCAGUGUUAAAUGAACAUUUAAAUACAAUUAUUAGUAAAAGUGAAAACAAUCAUUUAAAAGGAUCCAAAGGAAGAGGCAAUUUUGUUACUUUUCUUAGUCAUUAUUCCAUUGAUAGUAUCACCUCAACAAUUUCAUUAGUAAUAAAACAAAUAAUAUCUGAGCAAAUUUCAACAGCUGGUAUGUUUUCGGUUUUAAUUGAUACCACACAAGAUGUAUCAGUGAUGGACCAAUGUUCUAUUAUUGUCCGCUAUGUUUUCAAUGGAAAAAUUAAUGAAAAAUUAAUUGGUGUUAAAUGUUGUACAGAAUCUACCGGAAAAGGUAUGAUGGAACUAUUACAAAGUGCUAUGAAUGAAGUUAAUAUUGACACAUCAAAAUGCAUUGGCAACGCAACUGAUGGAGCAGCCAAUAUGCAGGGCGCUUAUAAUGGUUUCACUUCAUGGCUAAGUAGAGUAGCUCCAGAACAAAUCCACGUUUGGUGUUUUAGUCAUAUACUAAACUUGGUAAUUUGUGAUGCUACUAAGAAUCCAGUAAUGGUUGGUAACUUUUUUUCUUUAAUAAAUGGAUGUGCCGUUUUCUUCAAAGAGUCAUAUAAGCGAAUGAAUAUAUGGAGAAAUAUAAGUGAAAAUAAUAAUGAAAACAUUCGUCACAAGCGUUUACAACAAAUUGGAGAUACAAGGUGGACAUCAAAACAAACUGCAUUAAAUAGAAUUUUUGGUAUGUGUGGAAUGUAUGAUGAAGCCAUGUACCCUGAUUUAAUUAUUGCACUUAGUAAAAUCUGUUCAAAAGAAUCUUUCACACCGGACAUUCGAACAAAAGCAUCCAACCUAUUGAAAGCUUUGUUAAAAUAUGAAACCAUUCUUAUUGCACAUAUAUUUAUGAAGAUUUUUUCAAUCACUGGGCCACUAUCAAGAUACUUACAGACUAGUGGAUUAGACAUUCUUAAAUGCAUACAAAUGGUUGAAGUGUCUUUAAAUGAACUUAGAAAAAGUCAAAGGAGUAUGGAACUUACAAAGAAUAUGUGCAUUGAAUUUAUUUCUAAAAUGAAUGAUACAAUUUCAACACGGAUUAAUGAAUCUAAUGAAGAUUUGGAAAUCGAAGAAAUUCAGAGUCAAUUUGAAGUUAAACGUAUUUCUAGGAAGAAAAAAAUAGCAAUUUAUGAAGCUGCUGAUGAUACUAUUUUAAAUGUUGAAAAAAAGUUUACCGUUGAUGUAUAUAACAGAAAAUCUGUAGAUGAUGAAUAUACUGAAGAACUGUACAUAAAUAGUGACACAGAAAAUGAAGAUGAAGACAUAUCAAAACCAUGCAAGACAUGUAAAAACUGUAGCAUUUGUUGUUAUAAUGCAUUAAUUAAGUACAAUCUUUACUCGAAUGCUUACCCUACAUUAUCUAUUGCUUAUCAAUACUUACUAACUUUGCCGGUAACACAAGUGGCCUGUGAACGGUCAUUUUCUACAUUAAAAUAUUUAAAAAACAGGUUGAGAAAUUCAAUGACAACGGAACAUUUGGAGUCAUUCAUGUUAAUGGCAAUUGAAAAACAAAUUCUGUAUAGUUUGGACAAUGAUAUGAUAAUAAAUAAAGUUGGUGAAAAAUCAAAACUACUUUCUAAAUUACUCUCAUAA